AUGUGGUUGUACACCCCUAAGGUAAGAGUUAUUCUCGGCGAUUUUUUACCUUACGACGACGAGCAGCAGUCCGGCAGGCUUUCAACAGCCAACAUGAACGGAGUGCGCAGGCUUCUGGGGGCCACCGCCUCGCCUUCGCCACCGACAAGGCCCGACCCCCUCCCCAAUAUUCCUAGUAUUCCUCCACAGACGCCCCAGUCAACCGUCCCGCUCGCCUUCACUCCCAAGUCAGGUCCAACCUGGCCGCCGUCAUCCCCAGUUACAUCCCCGACGUCCGUAUACUCCCCGAACUCCGAGCCAAGUCCGCGACCACCCAUGACCGCCUCUCUGUUCCUCAAAAAGGACCGUUCACGACCGCCAGCCGCCGACGAGGACCCAAGCACCAGCUCGGUGCCGUAUGGUUCACCAGGACGACAGACCGCCAACCUCUCGCGCAGCCAGGGCAGCUCUAAUCGCUCGCCAACGCGAUCGCAGACCGUGCCCAGUUCGCCAGCCUCCUCUUCCUCACCCCGCAGCACGACCAACCGGUACUCGGCGCGCAAGUCGGUCAACACCGAUCCGGGCUGGAAGCGCGUGUCGGGCAAUCUCAACACACGCGACGAGCUGCUCAUGAGUCUCAUGGCCAGUGAGGCCGUCAUCGACAGUCGAGAGUAUGAGAUCCUCAACGGCGAGGACGUUGACGAGCUUAAAAAGGAACACCAAGUCCUCACGUCACGGUUAGGCGCGUUAACGAAGAAACUGGCACUGGAAACGAAAAUACGGGAUGCUGCGCUGUCUCUGUCGAAAGUGAACGCCUCGCACAAAAAGGUCAGCAAGCAGACGUCUGAGCAACUGGACGUAGCAAAUCGGCGGGUCGAUUCUGCGCAGACGGAGUUAUGGAAGGUGUCCGAUCGGGUGAACGAGGUGAACAGGCGGCUGAUGGAGCACCGGGCAGGCGUGCUGGGGUUCCAGGUGCGGAACAUGGAGAAGAAGAUGUCGUCGUCGACGGAAGACUCCUCCGAGUCGAACCGGAGCACGCUGAUGAGCCCUGCCUUGUCGUCCAUGACAUCCGUGUCGACCUCCUCAAAGGCGCGCUUCGACGGUGCGCAUUUGUUCGCGGGGCACGCAGAUGCGAUCAUGCCCAAAGCGAAGCUGUCUGCUGAGGCUGCAGCAGCGGAGAUUGCCACUCUUGAGGAGAAGCUGAAGGCUGCGAAGGACCAACUUACGGAAGCAGGGAAGAAGCAGGCCGAGAUGACACGCGACCUGUCGCUAAUGCGCCUCGAAAAGCAGGAGGUCGAGACUGUCAUGGGAAUGGAUCUGCAGGCGGCCGAGGAGACCAUCGCAGCGCUGGAAAAGGAGAUCCCACGGCUGGAGGAGCUGAAUGAGGAGGUUCAGACACUGCGGAGGGAGAAAAGCGCAUGGGAGGAGGAGCGGGAGGAGCUGGAGGAAAGAGGCAGGCAAGUAGAGAUCCUUCAGGCGCGGUUGAUAGAUUCGGAGGCACGGACAGGUGAAGCGGCUGGCGGAGCAGAGCGUAUGCUCUCUGAGCUUCGAGAAAAGACCACGAAACAGCUGAGCGAGAAGGACGCCGAACUCGCAAGGCUAAAGGCGGAACGGGAUGCUGAGCGGGUCGAGUGGGAACAAGAGCGCCAACAGAUAGAAGACGAGCGUAUGGAGGACCUCGCCCGGCUGCAGGAGGAAAUGGAGCGCACACGCGAGGAGGAUGAGACUGCUGUGGCUGAGGCGAACCGGGAACUCUCGACAGGGCUCGCGACGUUGCAAAGCAUGGUCAAGACGCACGGCAUCGUUCUCUUCUCAAGAGACUCGUCCUUGAAAGGCCUGCUCGAUGCGAUCGGCAUGCACAUUGAGACGGUGCACGCGAAGCUCGAGGGCCACGCGAGGGCGGAAGCUGAAUGGGAGACGGCACGGCGGAAGCUGGAGGACGACGUCCGUGCCGGCCUCGACAAGCGUGAAUCGUUGACACGGGAGCUCGAGGAGGCGAGGCGGGAGAGGGACACGGCGAAGCGCGAAACGCUAAGUAUCGAGACAAGGGCAGCACGCGCCAUCCCGUCGCACAUGCGCAACGGCUCGAUGGCGUCGACGCCUAUAUCGCCUUCCCUGUCAAUUCCACUCCCUCUAGACGACUAUGCGGGCGACACGGACGUUGCACGGAUUGUCGCCAUCCUCCAGCCUCUCUGGCAGGUCCUGCCCUCACCCGAGGCACGCGCGGCCAAGUUUGGCAGCGCCUCAAGCCGCACCUUCCGUACGGGUUCCCCGACGCCCUCUACGCCGGGCGGGGCGAAUCCCAACGGUGUUGCCUCUUCACUUUCCGACCUCGACGUCCGUUCGCUCAAGUCUCUCUAUGACACGCGGCAGAACGGCCAGACAACACCGUCAUCGCCUCGACCAGGCAACGGGCCGUUCUCUAUUGAAGCCUUCGCUCAGCGGGUGCAGGCGCUCAUCAACGACGAUAAGGCGCUAAUCGAACGACUUAUACGCUUUGCCCAAGCGCACGAUCUUCUGAAGAAGAAUGCGGAGAGGGCCCAAAAACUGGCGCAGGAGGGUAACACCGCUAUGGAGACGUACCAGAAGCAAGUGCGGAUGCUGGAGGAGAGGAACAUGUCGAUGGGUGCAAAGCAGGCUGCGAUCCAAGACGAGUUGCUCCUGCUGCACGAGACGAUCGAGAGGAUGUCUGCGGAGAAGCGGGAGCUGGAGAUGCGUGCGGCAGAGCAGGGCGAGACACUCGAGCAGCUGACUGAGGCGAACAACACGCUGAGCGCACGAACAUUGACGCUAGCGGAGGAGGCCGCGAUGGCCCCCGAGAUGGUGCGCAAGCAGCUCGAGGUGCAGCUGCAGGAGACGAAGAAGAAGCUGGAGCUGGCCCAGGAGGAGAUCGACGCAAUGCGCAUGUCGGAGCAGUCUCAGCGGAUCGCCUUGCUCGACGAGCUGAACUCGAUGCAGACGGAGAACGGCAAUCUGAGAGCACAGCUGAGAGCGGUGAAGAAGUAA